AUUUAGAGCCGCCCCCGCCCCGCAACUUUGAACUGAGGCUUUCUGGCAAAAGAUAUCCCCCAGCGCUCACUGUACACCCUACCUCUGCAUAUAUACAGUACACAUACACAUACCCGGGCACUCUUCGCUGCCUGUACAAACUCCAAACGUUCAGAUCAAUUCAGAAGCAAAGAUGGCUGACCAACCCCUCCCCUUGCCGGGCAAUCGCACCAUCCUCAUCGGAAUCGACAGCAUAACCAAACACGGCCUGCAAUCCUCCCCCGUCCUCUCCUGGGCCCUGCGCCAAUUCCUUGUGCCCGGCGACAGCAUCGUAGUAGUGCACGCGUCCAAAUCCCUCGAAACGUCCAUCUCCACCGGGUUCACCAACACCAUGUCGCCCGAGCUGCUCAAGUCCCUCGAGAAGGAUGUCGAGACCACCGUCCGCGAGAUGGCAAGGAGCGCGUUCGGGUUUGAGAAGGGGCAGCUGUUCAAGGUUCGGGCGCAUGUGGUGAAAGGCGACCCGAGGGAGACGAUCAAGGGGCUGGCGAAUGAGGAUAAUGCGACCGCGGUUAUUGUGGGGAGGAGGGGGAGUGUUGGGGCUGUCAAGAGGGCACUGCUCGGAAGCGUAUCGGACUACCUCGCCCGCGAGCUUCAAUCCACCGUCAUCAUCGUCAAGGGUGAUUGAAAGAAUCACAUGAGAAGCAAAAUAUGCCAACAAUUCAUGUUGAGCAUCAACGUCGGUUUUUGGGUGGACUUGGUUCGCAAGUCACGCAUACAUUCACGCAAGCACGGAGAAUUAAUUCAUCGAUGAGGGAAAGAGAAAGGGGGGCAAGGCAUGCAGCGUCUUUCAAUGA